CAUUCCUUGAGGUUGCAUAAGCACAAUUUCAAAAUUAAUCCUCCUCUGGAGACCUCAACCCAGUGUAAACGUUCCUGGCUGGAAAAGAAGAACUAUACUUUUCUUAUUUUUUUUUUCAACUCUUUAGUGUUAACUUGCCUUUGUAUCUCCGCCUUCUUUUUCUGCAAGAAACUUUAUUUCCUACUUCUGCACACCAAGUCUCUACCUCUAGAUCUGUUUGGUUCAGUUGGUGGGCAAUCUGACACACCGGUGCCUCCUGGAAGAAGCCAUCUGCUGAACACAGGAAAGUGGAUGACAAGGACACAUCGGCUCAAUCCACAGCAUGUCAUCCACAUCCCAUUCUCUGUUUCCAAGAGAUUUUGACAUGAACAGUGAAGAAGCCACAACCACUUAUGACUACAAUGACGGUGCACCCUGUCACAAACCUAGCGUGAAGCAACUCGUAGCCCAGCUCCUGCCUCCGCUCUACUCGCUGGUGUUCAUCUUCGGUCUUGUGGGCAACAUGCUGGUCGUCCUCAUCCUGAUAAACUGCAAAAAGCUCAGGAGCCUGACUGACAUCUACCUGCUCAAUCUGGCCAUCUCUGACCUGCUUUUCCUUCUCACCAUCCCUUUCUGGGCUCACUACGUUUCUAAUGGGUGGGUGCUGGGAAAUACAAUGUGUAAAUUAUUUGCGGGGCUGUAUCAAAUUGGCUAUUUUGGUGGAAACUUCUUCAUCAUUCUCCUGACAAUUGAUAGGUACCUGGCUAUUGUCCAUGCUGUGUUUGCUUUAAAAGCCAGAACAGUCACCUUUGGGGUGGUGACAAGUGGGGUCACCUGGCUGGUGGCUAUGUUAGCCUCUGUCCCAGUAAUCAUUUUUACUAAAUUCCAUGAAGAAGAUUCUCAUUACUUCUGUGGCCCUUACUUUCCACUAGAGUGGAAGAAUUUUUAUACAAUAAUGAGAAAUGUCUUGGGGCUGGUCCUGCCACUGCUUGUCAUGGUCAUCUGCUACUCGGGAAUCCUGAAAACCCUGCUUCGGUGUCGAAAUGAGAAGAAGAGGCACAAGGCCGUGAGGCUCAUCUUCGCCAUCAUGCUCGUGUACUUCCUCUUCUGGACCCCCUACAACAUCGUUGUUCUCUUGAGCACCUUCCAGGGAUUCUUUGGCCUGAGUAACUGUGAGAGCAUCAUUGGACUGGACCAAGCCAUGCAGGUGACAGAGACCCUCGGGUUGACGCACUGCUGCAUCAACCCCAUUAUCUACGCCUUUGUUGGGGAGAAGUUCAGGAGGUAUCUCUCAGUAUUUUUCCGAAAGUACAUCGCCAAACACCUCUGCAAACAAUGCCCAGUUCUCUACGGGGAGCCAGCGGAUCGAGCGACCUCAACAUACACCCCUUCCACUGGGGAGCAGGAAGUCUCAGCUGGCUUGUAAAAUGAGUAGCAGUUUGCUUGUUAUUUUUAAAGGUAGAUAACAAUCUACAUUUAAUAACAAGCCUUGAGGUUUGUUAAGUAAUAGAGACCUGUGAAGUGGUUGCCUAAGAACCUCAGGGCUGUGUGUACCAAGAUAGACUUAGAUCACUCCUUAUAUAUCCAACCUAUACUCAGAGAAUAGUUGAGAUCAACUGUGAGUAGAGACUUGGGCUCACCAGCACUCUCAUUUCUGUGCCUGGAAAAUACCUUGUUGCCUUGUGCCAGCACUCCUUUCCCAGUCUUCACCACUUCUUCAUUCAAUCUCUGAUUCCAUCAAUCUCUCAUAAUCAAGGGCAAAGCUGGCAGCGGAGAGGACCAUGGCACAGGCAUAAGAUGGAGGGGGGGCGGUGGUGGGGCAGGGCCAGGAGUAGAAGGAGGCUGAGCCCCAACACAGACAAAAGUGGGUGAGGCCCUCACUCUUUCAGCAGAAAGUGGGGCACCCUCUCUCACCAGCGCUUACCUCCGAAGGCUUCCCCAGGCUGUAGAGGCAUGGGCAGCAGUAAGGACUGUCUGCAAGCUUUGGUUGGACCUGAUGGUCCACUUUUGCAUCAGUGCAUGGCACAUUUUGCUUUAUGAUUUAUCUAUGACAACCACACACCCUACCUUUGAAAUCUAUUAAAUAUCAAGCCCUUGUUAAGCCCAGUCUACCUGAAGCCUUCAACUCCAUUACCCUGAUCUAUUCUAUAAUCAAUGUCUGUUGUAAGCCCCUGAAAAAAAAUUUAUAUAUCAAGCCCCAUUGUUCACAGUUGUUUCUCAGACCACAUCCCACUAUAAAAGAAUUUAGAAAAUUUUUUGUUUAUAAAAUAUGUAUAAUCUAGGAUGAGUUUAAAAAUAUAUUUUUUUAAUAAAAUGUAUGUUUUAUAUUAUCCAGACCAGGUUGGAAACAUAAAGAUGGAUGCUAACACCCAUGCCCUUUAGACCUGCGGAGGGAGGAGGGGUAGAGAAGGCAUGUGCAUAAUCGCAGCCACCAUACAUAUAUACGUGUGCCUCUGUUUGAUCUUUCCAGGAAAAGGGGGAAGUUGGAAGUGGUGAUUAUGAGAAGGAGUGGCAGAGAGGGAGCUCCUCCACAGGACAGGCAGACAAACAGGGACUGUGGGAACCCUGCAGACUGCCUUGCAGAAUCAGCCAUGGGGAAAGCACAGGUGGGGGUUCAGAACCUCCAAAGCCUCCUGUCUGGUCUGACUGCCCCCCCACCCCUGCAUGUUUCCCUGAGGCCUUUAUUAUAGAUCUCUUGGCUGCAGGAUUGCCCCGCUCCAAAAAUCAGCAUGUGGAGGUCCAGGAGAGACACCUCGGGAGAAUGCGAAGGAAACUGCACAACAAAAAUUCCUGGAGGGUUACGGGGAAGGAAAAUCCAUCAGUGGGGGCCCUGAAG